AUGUUCUUCAAUGGUGAUGACACGCUUUACCUUGACACUUUAACCUCGGCCCCCAACAACCGAGGCGAGCUGUGGACCGCCCCGGCCAACCCUGAAAUCGCCAUCGCCGAGACUUGUUCUGCCGAGAACAUCAUCGACCCUGGUUUUUAA